AUGCCUACGGCUAAGGAAAUCGAGCAAGCCCACAAGACGCUUUUCGAAGCGGGCAUUGAAAUUCGCCGUGAGGUAGCCGGAAGCGACUACGUUGAUGCCGCCCUGCAGCGCUUCUCUUCGGACUUCUCCAAGCCGUUGCAGGAUUCGUUGACGGAGAUAGGCUGGGGCUGGAUAUGGAGCCGGCCGGGCCUCACGCGUAGACAGAGGAGCUUGCUGAAUCUGGGCAUGUUGUGUGCGUUGAACAGGAGCACUGAGCUGGGAGUUCACGUCCGAGGUGCGCUGAACAAUGGGCUGAGCGAGGUGGAGAUUAGGGAGGCAUUACUCCAGGUUGGAGUAUAUUGUGGCCUUUACAUUCUUGGACACCGUACUUACCUUGCACAGCCAGCCUCCCUGGAAGCAUUCAGGGUUGCCGAAGAUGUCAUCAACAAAUACAAGAAAGACGCUAAACCCAAGGCGAAGCUCUGA